AUGACUUCGCCGGGAUUCGAACCCGGGACCCAACCUCACCUCGACGCGGAGUUUUCCAUAGGGAGCCGCGAUGUAACUGAUGCCGCGCUGCACUUGCUCAUAUACCUCAAAAAGGACGAGGCGACAGCCGAGGCCACUACCCAGGGAGCCGAGGCGACAGCCGAGGCCGCCGCCCACAAGGCCAACCAACCAGCUGAGGCCUCUGCCCUAUCGGAGGCCGAGGCGCCAGUCACAGCCGCCCCAGCCAAGGCGCCAGCCGCCGCCGCCACACGCAAGCUCUGGUGGAACCUUUUCAGAAUUUGCUACAUCAGCGCCGUCGCCGUCAGCUGUACCGUCGAGGACUCAAGUCUCGCCUUCGUCUUCGAGCGUGAUGCCUCGCCUCGCACGGCCGGCGCUCGUCUCGCCAGUGCUCAAGACUCCUGCGCCAACCUCGACUCCGAGCGGACGUGCUCUGCCGCCUCCGCCGGAGCCGAGCGAUCGGCCAGCGCCUCUGCCGCCAGCGCCGUCGCCGUCGGCUCUACCAUCGAGGACUCAAGUCUCGCCUUCGUCUUCGAGCGUGAUGCCUCGCCUCGCACGGCCGGCGCUCGUCUCGCCAGUGCUCAAGACUCCUGCGCCAACCUCGACUCCGAGCGGACGUGCUCUGCCGCCUCCGCCGUAGCCGAGCGAUCGGCCAGCGCCUCUGCCGCCAGCGCCGUCGCCGUCGGCUCUACCAUCGAGGACUCAAGUAAGUACAAAACGUCGGGCAAGACGUAG